AUAUUUAUAUUGUUUUUUAGGUAAACAACGAUUCAAAUUCACUGACGGCUGCAAAACAAGUCAAAAAGGAAUGGACGACAUCUCGAAAGGUUGUGAAUCACAAGACAAGACAAGUGGAGACACGAGUGAAGCGACAGAUUGUGAUGGAAGACGGAAAGGUGAUCGCAGACAGUGGACCACAGGUCACCACAAAGACUAAAGAAGACCAGAAGAAAGAAGAGACAGAGAAUACUAAUCAUAAAAACAUCGGUGACGUGGAUGUGCCGCCCGGUGCCGGAUAUUUAGCCGUUCCCGGAGGUAAUCAUGUCGUCAACGAGAAGAUAGAAACACAUCAGUCGAGCAAAGAAGCGAAAGAAGAGAACAUUCAAUACCACGACGAGAGCUUCAAAGAGUUGACGGGACUUGAGAUCCAUCGCAAAGCACUUCAAGCGCCCAAUGAAUUGAUUCAAAUCGAUUCGGACGACGAAACCCCCGAUCGGAUACCGAAAGGAAAAUUAGUUCACUAUUCGAGUAAAUCUAAUAAAAUUAAUGACUCCGAAGAAGUCAAAGAGACAUCACGUCUGGGAAGGGAUGGAAACGUGACAACAGAGAGCACUCGUACCCAUCAUCACGAAGAGUUCAAUGACGAUGAGGUGCCCGAAGAGAAUCAGGAGCCGCGCAAAGCGUUGCCUGAGUCGUCGACCGAGACCUCCAGGAGAGUUGAACACCUGAAGAAUUAUGACCAGGGAUUUGAUAAUUUCUCUAAUGCUAUGAAUCGACAAAAUUUACGAUCCAUUGAAAACCGAAAGACGACUUCGAGGAAAGAAUACGCCGACGAAAGUGGGAAUAACGGCACAACUGAUAGAUGGCUUGACGAUCACUUUGGCUCCAGUGAUGAGAGCGAUAUCGUUGAGACGUCCAAAACCAGAACCGGAAAGAACGUGAUAAAUGUUAGCCGCACUGGAAGGACAUCGACACCCAUUUCGGCCAUUUCUGGUGAUUAUCAUUCGGUCGACAGAAGGAAUCGACUCCAACAGAGGUCAUCCAAAUCGGGACAGCGAUACACAUCGACCGCAAACUAUUACGCGAAAGACUCGAGAAGUCCGUCGCCGACCGACUACUAUAGACCCUCUUCUCGAGCCUCUCGUAUCAAAGAAGACGCUUCAGUUCAGGCAUCGCUUUCGGAUGACGAGGAAAGAUCCAAUGACUUUAAAGGCAGGACUCAAAAGAUAUCGUUUGAAAAGCAGGACAGAAGCCGAAGGACUGACUCGAGAGCCGACUCGAGAUCGGAAACUCCGAGUCGACCCGAGAGGACCUUUUAUUUCGGUGAUGAUAGCCAUCAGCGCAGAGAACAUCGAAGCGAUAAACAGAUUAUCGAAGAAUAUCUUAAUAAACAAAAGUAUUCGACAGAAGAAACUCAUCGAAAAAGUGAUUACAAUAAUAAUGAAGACUCGAGAGGAUAUGUGACGGCAAACAUUCACUCCAAUAGCAAAUCCACUCUAAAUAAUAGAGUUUUAGAUGAAUCCAAAUUUGAUGACAACUUUGAGAGGAGUUUUAAGGGAGACAAAGAGAGGGAUGACGUCGAACACAAUCUGAACCGAUUCAUGGAUUGGGACAAUCACUAUAAGAGCAUUAAAUCAACUGAAGAGAAGCCUUAUUGGGAAUCGACUGAACCUAAAACCUUGAAUACCAGUGAAUAUAUUCAUCCCGUAAUUCAAGACGAUUUCUAUUCGUCGAAAAGGGAUCCGUUGACGAGACAACGAAACUUUGAUUCAUAUGUCUCACCGCCGCCGCUGUAUUCGGACACUGACUACAAAUACAGGCCGUCGACGAGCCCUCCGACCUCUUCGGGCGACACGUGGACUAAGUAUAAGACCAGAACUCGAUCGCCACUAUUCCGGUCGUCGUCGCCGACCGACAACUUUCCAAAGUUUAGUCCGCUUUCCACUAAUGCUCUCCAAAUCAAGAGUUUUACCGACGCUUACGCUAACGGAAGAAAUCAUUCAUCAAAUUAAUCACUUUUUCAUUAAAUCUAAUUUUAAAUUACUGUCAGAAACUAAGAAUCAAUUUACAAUUGGAGAGCGAAUUGUAACUCAAUUUUACUAAAUUAAUUAAUUAUAAAAUUUAUUUAAAAAUGUUUAGCAAAUUCCUAACUAAAUCUGGUUUUAAAUAAUAUUUUAUUAAUAUUUGUCGAAAUUGUGCCAAAAAUUUAUCUUAAAAUUUGUUAACAAAUAUUAAUAACGGGACAAAAGGCUUAUAAUUUGGAGUCAAUUA